CCGAAAGUAGCAUGGCUAAAAUAUACCCCAAGUGAUUUGUCUACGGUAGCAGCGGCAUUUUCCAUAGCCAAGCGGUAGGAAGUCAGCGUGUGUAUGUUUGUGUUUCGGUGAAAUACUUCUUAGCUAUAUAAACCCGUGGAAAACAACAGAUUUAUCGUGAUACGUGUUUUCGGUACGCACAGAAAUGGAUCUUGAGGGUGGCACCUAUGAGCCGGGAUUUGUCGGUAUUCGGUUCUGUCAGGAAUGCAAUAACAUGUUGUAUCCAAAGGAGGACAAGGAAAAUCGCAUCCUUUUAUAUGCAUGCAGGAACUGUGAUUAUCAGCAGGAGGCAGACAACAGCUGCAUAUAUGUCAACAAGAUCACCCAUGAAGUCGAUGAGUUAACACAGAUCAUUGCAGACGUCUCCCAGGAUCCGACUCUACCCAGGACAGAGGACCACCCGUGCCCUAAGUGUGGCCACAAGGAGGCAGUGUUUUUCCAGUCCCACAGCAUGAAAGCUGAGGAUGCCAUGCGACUCUACUAUGUGUGCACGGCGCCUCACUGUGGGCAUCGCUGGACGGAGUGAAGAAGAGGAAGUCUCAUUCCUGCACUGGGCAGCCCAGACCAAGGCACAGGCAUAGGCCCAGGCCCUGGCCCAGCCCUGCUGGCAUUUGUGAAACAAAAGAAACUUUUGUCGAUAUCAAAUGGCUGGAAAGGCCUGCUGAAGAACUGUCACGUUAGAAUCAGGUGCUCUUGUGUGGGCCUAACUGUUAAUUCCACAUUUGAGAAGGGUAGGGUUUUUUUUUUGUUCUGUGUUUUAUUGCCAUCUGAAAAUUCAUUGUCAACCGAGGUCUACACAUUUUGUAUGUGUACUGUUGAUAUACUUUUAACAGUACUAUUGCUUAUUUUUUUAGAAACAUGAAAGGGUAUUAAAACCAGUGAGA